UGUCACUGGCGCUGAGCUUCAUCAGUCAGCCGAUGUUGCUGACGAUCAUUCCAUCAUCCUCGAUGGUCAUGCCAAAGUUAUUUUUGGACAAUAGGUCUGUCGGUUCCCACUUUUUCACCAAGCCAACUGCACCAUCGACGCAUGCGCGUGCAGUUACCGCAGCUCCUUCAUUCUUGUUUAGUAUCAUGCCACGCAUAGCUUCUGUUCACCGCACCUGCUUCCACACCGACUAAUACCCUCUGCCGGUAUCAAGCACGGAAACCAGCAAGCUGGCACCAUUCUCUUUCGCAAAAUACAGUGUGCUACCUUCCUCUACACCAAUACCUACAAUGGCACCAGCUAACCCACCGUAGAUAUCACCCUGAAGCCGCAAGUUACCAUCUCUGCACAUACAAUGAGGCAGAUGGCUCGACCGUAGCUAGCGCGACUGAUGUGCACUUUUGCCAAGGCACAAUGGGAGGCCAUGCCUCGGACGAUCGCAUCGCCAUCUUCCUGCGUGCCAGUGCAGAGCUCGUUAGCGGCAAGUACUGUCACAAAUUGGUGGCAGUUACUACGCUUGGUCAAGGGAAGUGCUUGGCAGGCUGAGAUUGAUGCUGUCGCUGAGUUGAUUAAUGAAACUUUCGUAGCUCUUCGACUUCUUCCAGUUGAUCUCUGGGUCACCUUCAGAAUUUGUCACAUAGGCGAUAUCGCACCCCAGCUUUGCAGCAUCCCACUUCACAGGCAGCAGCUUCAUAUUCCAAAAGCUAUGGAAAGACAUUGCCGCAAACCUAGACAAGUACAAAGCUAUCCGAGAAUCAUCGGCGAUACAGGAGGGAGGAACUUCCACGUCGUCCACAAACUCGCAGAUAUCCGAAAUGCAGUUUUGCGGGCAUUCGAGGCUUUGAGUAUCAAGAUCCGGUCAUCACUGGGUUCAUCGAGAAAUGCACUGGUGCGGUGGUGGAUCAACAAUCUUUCGGAGGAGUACGAGCAAGUGGGAUCAACGACAAAGCUGGGAAUAUCAGCAUCUUCUACCGGUUUGUUCCGGCGAGAAGCAUAA